AUGACCUCACUGGAGAGGUGUGCUGAAGCGCUGCUACAACAGAAGGCGGUGCAGUCGAGCAGUUAUGAUCACUUGGAAGGGCAAAUCGCUGCCAUGGAACGUGAGAAGCGAUCAUUCGGCAUGGACUUGAAACUUCUUAUCGCUGAUGUUGAACGGCGCCGAAAGCACCUCAGGGAAAUUCAUGAAAGCAACUUGUCCCUUGAGGAGCAGCUGGAUAAGGACAGUCUCCACACACAAGCACUACUCCUGCAGCUUUCGAAGAACAAAAAGAAGCAGGCUUCCAUACUGGAGCGAAUGGCGGAGAUCCGCGAAGCGUGGGAGGGGCAGCCUACCGAAAUGCUGCGGGUCAUUCAAUCCCUCCAAGAGCGUAAGAAAUUUAUGAAGGAGGUUUCUACCAUGAACACGUUACUUCACGAUGCAGCGCAGACCUUUGCGUGUAUCCAACGCAUCACUUCCGGCCGCGCAGCGCUCCACGCCCGACUUCAGCUCCAUUUCAACGAAUUGCAAAUCAGUACAUCGCUGCUCGCAGAACGCAGUUCCGCUGCAGAGGCAGAGUUGCAAGACGCCACCAGUCAGCUACAAUCGGUUACCUCCGAAAAAGGCCUCACAAACAACCGCUACAUGACCUCAAAGCACAGCCGCCUUAUGGAAGAAUGGCGUGUGGAGCAGAAGGAGAUUUGCUUGUCCUGCCUGCAGGAUCAUGUGGAGCUCUACCGUUCAGCGGCCCUUGUCGUUGUGGACGAGAUUGAUCAGCAGGAGAAGCAGCUCGCUACAAAGCGAAACCAUCAUCAGAGCCUCUUGGAGGCCCUUGAGGUGCUAACCAAACAGGCCGACGAGAUCGACCUUCGAAUCACACAGAGCCGACUUGAGAGCGAAAAACAGGCUGAUCUGCUCCGCGUACAGAUUGGUGCCCUUCAGACACGCACUGAGGCUGCCCAGCGCGCUGCGAACGUUCAUCUUGAACGCAUGGGCGCCGGGGCUCAGGCAGCUUGGCACCACUGCAAGCAGGUCGACGGUACGGCAUAUCUUCUAUCGUUUCUGCAGUGGAUUCGGCACAUGGAGUGCGUGUCUGAUCAAGCGCGGCGCGAGCAGUCCGCGGCAAGAGAAGCCAUCUUGCACGAGUUGCGCGUGCAACACGACCAGCGCCUCGCCGCGAAGCGGGCUUAUGACAAAUUCAAGGAGCGACUCCUCGAGUCCGUACGGGCUCUGGAGGCAGAGGAGUCUUUAACCCGCAAAGACCUGCUGGUGGACGAGGCGGCUGCGUUCACCGCGUUGCGGUGCACGGCGGCGGAGCGCUGGGGGGCCCUCCUGUCGAGGCGGUCCUCCGUUAAGCCCAAACCCACCCGUGCCAAGCCCCCCCCUCCGCACGCCGUCCAUCCCUCCCUCACGCCGUUGCACAAACCCCGUCUCCCUGGCCGGUCGCCUGCCGAGGUCGGCCGAAAACGGGGCCGCGCGACCGCCCCGGCGUUUCCCACCGCCCCCAUCCCUAUCCCUGUCGCGGACACCCCUUUGCCGCGGCGGACGUACCCCUUUUGCUCCGGUGCCCCUCGCCGCGGCGCCCUCCGCUCCCCUGCGGCGCGGCCGCGCCUCCUCCCUUCCCGUCGGACCCCCUCCCCUCGUCUGAGCAGCGGCGGGACCUCCCGUGAGGCUGAGGUGGGCUCCCCCCGGCAACGGCGCGGCGCCCUCUCCUCUGCAUCCUCGCCAGGAGGUGCCUCGCCACCGCCGCGGCGGCCAGGGGGAGGGAGUCUCUUCGGGGAGGCCCCUCUCCGUCGGUAUCUUUGGCGGGGGGAGGGGAGGGGGGAGCCCCGACGGGACCCCCCCCGCGCGUUGUGGAUCGCCCGCCGUGCGCCGCCCUCGCUGGACGACGCCGACGACAUUUUCGCGGACGUCUUCUCCUAA